GUCAGUUUGAUUUGUCAGGAAAUGUGGUAUGUACUGUCAAUACGAAAUUGAAUACCCCAUCAUAUAAGUAAUGAGAUCAAAUUCUUUAACUGACGAACCCUCUAAAGUGAACCUGCAGGUCACAAUUACAACACAAGGUUAUCUGCCACAUUUCAGUAAGAAGAUCUAUGUCAUCCUUCAACGCAAGAGAAGGAUCAUCAAAUUCAAGUGGACAUCUGUCCCCAAAACUCGAAACAGAAGAAAAGGGCUCGUUACUCUCGAUCUACAGAAGAAACUCUUCUUCUUCCAUAGGAGAAGUAGAAGGGGAAGCUCCUACAGCACCUAAAAAAAAUUCUAGGACCAAAUUUUCGAUACUGCGGAGGUUAUCAUCAAUUUCUUCUAGUGGUGAAAGGGACGAACCAGAUUCUGGUGAUUUUUGUGUUAGAAAGGAGGCAAUAGUGCGAGGUUCUAGUAAAAUUCUUGCAGUUCAAAGGAGGUCUAGUUUAUUGUUGGAACAUGACGAUUGUAACGCUGCUGCUUAUCAGUUGAUGAACUGUGAGAGCUACUCAAGAAUGGAUCCGUCCUGCUAUACAGAUACUUGCAAUAAGAGACAGAAAAUCUGUGGAUUUUUGCCCUGUCUCAUUGCUUUAGGUGCAAUCAUUAUAAUUGUCAUUCCACUGGCCAAAAUUUUAGGUGGACUAAGGUCAGACGUCUGUUCGAUACACCACGAAAUGAAAGAUAUCAAGAAACACGUUGGGAUCGUUGAAACAGAGGAUUCAAGUUGCACUGUUCGACUACCAAGAGAAUACAGCAACGCAAUCAAAGGCUUGGUAAAAGAGGAACUGGAGAACUUCGGUUCAGAUAAAAUAGGAAGAAACGACUUCGCAUUAGAGACAGCUGGAGGUAGAAUUGUCAAAGUUAUAAACACAGAAAACUACGGUUCUACCGUUGGACUAUUUGGUAUAACCCUUUGCGAAGGAAAUAACGGUCCUAGAGCAAUGAUCCAGGCGAACAGUGCUCCAGGAGAAUGUUGGGCAUUCAAAGGAUCCAAGGGGGCUGUGCUGAUAAAGCUCCUAGGCAAAGUGAAGAUUACAGCUGUGAGUUUAGAGCACAUUUCAAGCAAAAUUUCCCCUACUGGAAGACUUGAUACUGCACCAAAAGACUUUGCUGUUUAUGGACUCGAGCAUCCGAGCAAAAGCAAAGUUCUUCUUGGCAGAUUUCAAUACAAGUUGGACUCGCAUCCCAUCCAAACAUUCCCCAUAAAAAUAGCUAACCAGACGCCAUUCGAGUUUGUUGAAUUCCACGUUGAUUCAAAUCAUGGUUCACCAGAUUACACGUGCGUUUACAGGUUACGAGUCCAUGGAACCCUAGAGUCAUUAUAAGGUGGUAGAAAGACUAAUAUAACAUAUAAAUACUUUUAUUUUUCAAUAAAUUCUUAAUACAAA